CUCUCUCAGCAACGGCCAGAAGCAUCCACCAUCCAAAAAGGCCGGGGAACCCAACCCAACCCAAACCCCUCCUCCAAGCACAAGCAGCAAUCGCGUCGCGCCGCCCCCUUCCCUAAUCCAUCCAUCCAGCCAGCCAGCCAGCGCCUCUCCCCCCACGCUUUCCCCUCCGCGAAUCGAUCCCCCCACCCUCUCAGCCUCGCGAAUCCUUCCUUCCCGCCGCAAGCCGAUUGGGUUCCUCGGCCGCCGCCCGGCGAGCAGCGGGGCGAUGAAGUCGUCGGAGUCGUCGUCGCGGUUCGUGCAGGAGCUCGUGCUCUACGCCGCCAGCGCCGCCUUCAGCUGCCUCGUCCUCUUCGCCGGCCUCCGCCACCUCGACCCCAACCGCGCCGCCUCCCAGAAGGCCGCGCAGCAGAAGAAGGAGAUCGCCAGGCGCCUCGGCCGGCCGCUCGUCUCCACCACGCCCUACGAGGAUGUGAUUGCGUGCGACGUCAUCAACCCCGACAGCAUCGACGUCGAGUUCGACUCCAUCGGCGGCCUCGACCACGUCAAGCAGGCGCUCUACGAGCUCGUCAUACUGCCCCUGCGCCGCCCGGAGCUCUUCACCUUCGGCAAGCUCCUCAGCCCCCAGAAGGGCGUGCUCCUAUAUGGCCCACCCGGCACCGGGAAGACCAUGCUCGCCAAGGCCAUCGCCAGGGAGUCCGGAGCCGUCUUCAUCAAUGUCAGGAUCUCCAAUCUCAUGAGCAAGUGGUUUGGGGAUGCGCAGAAGCUCGUGGCGGCUGUGUUUAGUCUUGCCCACAAGCUCCAGCCUGCUAUUAUCUUCAUCGACGAGGUUGAUAGUUUCUUGGGGCAGCGACGGACAACAGACCAUGAAGCCAUGACUAAUAUGAAGACGGAGUUCAUGUCCCUCUGGGACGGCUUCACCACUGAUCAGAAUGCUCGUGUGAUGGUCCUUGCUGCUACGAACAGGCCUUCUGAGUUAGAUGAGGCCAUCCUCAGGCGCUUUACUCAGAUAUUUGAAAUUGGAAUUCCUGUUCAGAGUGAAAGGAGCAAGAUACUUCAGGUUGUAUUGAAGGGUGAAAAUGUUGAACCUAAUAUUGAUUAUGAUCGCAUUGCAAGAUUGUGUGAGGGCUUUACUGGGUCAGAUAUCCUAGAACUGUGCAAGCAGGCAGCAUUCUACCCUAUCAGGGAGCUUUUGGAUAAUGAGAAAAAUGGGAGGACAUUAGAUAAACCUAGACCCUUGAGGCAAUCAGACCUGGAGAGAGCCCUAUCAACAUCUAGAAAGGGCAAGAAGGCUGCUAGCUCAGGGCUGCAGUCACCCUUGUGGGUUCGGCCAUCGGAUUCAGAAGAUGAUCAGGUACAGAGCGCGAUCUUUGAGAUAUCUAAGCUGAUGUCUCGAAUAGUUCAGAACAGUCAGUCAGAACCGCAAGAGCCUUCUUCACCUUAAUCAUUACCUUUUGCUAGAUCUCGUGAAAAUCUGCAGUGGAGUAGACGCAAGCAUUACCCUCGAUUUCGUUAGGUUUUCUUGUGCAGCUUGCGAAGGUUCAGCACAUGUAUUAGAGUUCCAUUUUGCGUGGCGAGGCUGCACCUGUUUUUGAAGCUAAUUGCAGCUGGCAAAAUGGCAAGCUUGCACUGAUGUUUAAGUUGAUUCGAAGUUCUCUCUGUCGCCAAAAGUUACCAGCACUCCAUGGUUGUCUGGCUGAAUUACUGUUUCGCUUGCCUUGUACUUUUAAACGAUUUUAGGGUAGACAAUAUACAUAAUGAAGAAGGGGCUGUUCCAUUCCAGGU